AUGGUCGUCCGCCUCCGCCUCGCACGGCACGGGACGCGGAACAACCCCUUCUACCACGUCGUGGCCAUCAACGACUCGAAGCCGCGCGAUGCCCGCCCCAUCGAGAAGCUGGGCGAGUACGACCCCAUUCCGCGGCCCGUCCCCGUCCACGUCGCCCGCGCACCGUAUACGCCCGCGCCGGCCACUUCGCUCGUCGACCCGUCCUUGAUCUCCACCGGCUCCGCCAGCAACAAGGGAAAGACAAAGGCGACAGAGGGCUACGGCAAGGUCAUGACCUCCGGCCUCAACGUCGAGACGACGCUCCAGAAGAGGAUCGAGUGGAACGAGGACCGGAUCAAGUACUGGCUCGGUACGGGCGCCCAGCCCAGCAAGCCGGUGGCAAGGCUACUGCACCGCGCUGGCCUCGUCCCUCCCGGCGUCUGGUACAAGGGCAUGCCCCCCCUGCCCGACAUCGAAGCCAACGCCGCCGCCGCCUCCACCAAACCCAACAAGCCCAGCAGCCCAAAGAGCACCACCGCCAGGAAUCCCACAAAGAAGGCCAAGCCGGCCGACCCGCGAGACAUUUCGGCCAUCCUCAGGGCCGUUGGCGCCACCGAGUUUGCAAAGAAGGGCUCGCCCGGCGCGUCGGCGUUCAAGAAGGCCAGCACCAGAGAGGAGAUCCUCAGGCCGCACCUCACCGGCGAGAGCACCAUGGACCAGGCUAGCUGA